AUGUUCCCGGAACUAGACCCGUCCCUGCAAGCCGCGCAGCAUCUCUUGGAUAAGCUGGAAGCCGCACAUGCUGUUCAGUCUGCGUGGUCCCGGUGGGACGCCGACGCGCUCAAAGUGGGCCUGGAAGAUGCCCAAAGGUUGAGAGCCCUGGAAGAGGAGGUGCUGAAAGCAGCUGAGGCCGAUCUCGCAAAGAUGGAGGUCAGGUGCGAUCAAGCCCAUCGCUUGCAGCGAUGUUCGCAGCAAUCGGACUCCUAUUGUUGCCAGGGUUGCUAUGCACAUUCGGCAACCAAGGAGCUGGAGUGGUACCGCUGUGAUCUCUGUGACUUCGACCUUUGCCACCUGUGUUUAGCAUGGCGCGCGCGGCCAGCCGAAGCAGAGCCGACAGCAGAAGCAGCUUCCACUGCAACGGGAGCUUCCACCGCGAUGGGCCCUUCCACUGCAACGGAGGUUGUGGAUGCCGAAGAGUCGGCCCCUACCAACUUGCCUUUUCUGUCCAUCGGGGAGGAUGAGGCUGGCCAGAUGAAGUGGUUCAACCGCAUGGCCAGCCAGAUGAACGCCAACACUGCCCAUUGGGAGCUUUUUCGCUCAGGCUCCUGGGUGCCACUUGGCUCCAGCUUGUCCGGUAAGCUGACCAGCGUCUGGUCCAUCGGAACCAAGCGCUUUGAAUACACAGCCAACAACAAACAGAAGCACUUGUUCGAUUUCGAGUCAAUGGAGCAGGUGAUUCUGGACACAGACAAGAAGAGGCCCUUGCGCCGUGUGCUCUGGGAAGUGGAGCUUGACCUGGGGUGGUUUCUUGUUGAGGACGACCUGGCCCUCCGACUGCAUUUGAACGAGCUUCGCGGCUCCACCUCCUUCCCUUACUCAGCUCGGGGCAUGGAGUAUCAGAUCGACAUUGCAAACUUGGAGCAAGUCAACGAGACAAAUGGCACCAGGAGGAAGCUUCGCAAAAUGUCCGUGGAGAAGACGUCUCCAAAGAUGAGCCGUCAGCAGCUGCGCAUGUCCCUUGAGGACAGCUUCCCCCAGUUUGCCUGCGCUGUUCGCCAGUGGCUAGUGCUGCGCUGGCCUUGGCAGCAGAUUCAAGACUGCAGCAUCGAUGCGGAGGUAUUCGUUUCCACCCGCCUGGCUGAAGAGAUUGCCCAAGGCCUCUCUGCCCUGCAGUCGGGCGUGCCACAGCUUGGGAGCAUCCUGGAGAACAUCGUGUGGUUCGAUUUUGUGGAUUGGCAGAGGAAGGAGGUUGUCACGGCUGCCCAGGUUGUUGAGGCCAUCAUCCGGGACUCCCGCUGGCGAUGGGGCAGGGCAGGUGCGGAAGAUGCACUGAGCGCGCUUUGGUCUGACCUGCAACUGGACGAAGCCGGAGUUAGCAAGCUGGAGUUUUUGGUGGCAGGUGGCUUGGCCGAGGAGUUGUUGCACAUCCUAAGUUGCAGCCUGGAUUCAGUCGAUGACUGGAUCAUGGAGCAGAAGGUGUCUGUUUGGGAUGGGCAGGACUGCGGCAUUUGCUUCUGCCCCAUUGGAAAAGGCGAUGUGGGCCGCCUUAUGCGCUGUGGCUGUUGGUUGCAUUUCGAGUGUCUGGGCCACGGUCUGCGGGUGAAGAUCAGGGAGAGGGCCGUGGACGACGAGCAGAUGAGCACCUGCCCAGCGGCCUGCGGCAGACCCUUGGGAAGGGUCAUCCCGCCCGGUGUGGUGCGCAGGGCUGUUGGCGACGAUCUCUUCGCAAGGUACUUGGAUGUGCGAGUGGAGGUGCAGUGGCAGAGGGAAGCUUACGACAGUGGACGGCUUGUGGCCAAAUGUCCCGGCUGCUCAUUUCUGGUGCUGUGCAAUGAGCAGGAGGAGAUGUACUCCAUCAAGUGCUUGCGACAGACCUGUAGAGUGGAUCGGUUCUGCGCGUACUGCUCCCUGCCAGCACACCGCCCUCGGACUUGUGAAGAGCACCAGAUGGACAUGAAGUUUCGGGACGAUCGUGAUCGUGUGCGGUCCAAGAUUGAAGCAGCCUUGGCUGAAGCUCUUUUCAGACGAUGCACUGGAUGCCAAUAUCCAACUGAACGGAUCAACGCAUGCUGCCACAUGACUUGCUCACACUGCCAUGCGCAGUUCAGCUGGGUUUGUGGCCAUGACUACAACCUAUGCCGUACAUCCCAUCCCUGCCUGAACUCGUCGAUCUACCUGCACCAAAUGCCACAGCUGGCCGCCAUUCUGGAUGCCCGCAGGCUGCCGCGCACAGAUGAGAACGGAAGCGAUCUCUUUCUGGAGCUGCGAUGCCUGUACCUCCUCUCCAUGGUCAAGGACGAAGUUGGCCAGGGCGCUUGGGACUACGCACGCGAGCAGAACCCGGAGCUGCUGACUGACAUCAUCCGGGGGUCCUGGAGUGUGUCCUGGGAUGAGGUUGGCGACGUCAAACGGCUCACCCGAUUGCUGCCAAAGGCCUUUCCUCGGCUCAGUUAA